CUUCCCCACCACUCGCGGCCUUGUGCCGUAUCGGACGCUGCUGCGAGAUAAUUCAACAGUGUUGGUGUUCUCGAACAUUGACGUAAUGGCAUGUGUGUUCUUCACCUAUUCGAUGAGCCAAUGCAUGUGUGGAGCAUGGAGGAGAAACGACGAAGAAGAAGGGAUCGAAGCAACGAAGACAAACAGGCAGAAAAGUUGCUCCUCGACAACCGAGCUGGUAGAACGACGCGAGAGAUUGGGAACUCGUAUUCCCUGCUGAUCAUUUGGUUUUUUUUUUUUAAAUUCUUAAUACCGUUUCACUGAAAAUGUUGCCAAGAAGACGAGUGGUGGAUUUGCUGCAGGUUAUUUCGUCACAAUCAUGCAAGUGUCCGGCUCAUGGAAAUCCUGGAGGUGGGAUUUCUCAUAAUCAUGGAAAUGCACGCAGCACCAAUGCGACUACUGCGCCACCCAAGGAAUAUGCAUUCGAGAUGGCCUGUUCCACUGUCAGGUACGGAAUUGGCGUGACACGUGAGAUCGGAAUGGAUAUGGAAAAUUUUGGAGCUAAGAAGGUGUGCUUGAUGACAGAUCCGAAUCUUGCCAAACUGACACCUGUCAAAACAGUCGUAGACAGCUUGACCAAGCACAGCGUGAACUUUGACGUCUAUGACAAAGUCCGAGUGGAACCAACGGAAGCCAGUUUGGAGGACUCUAUAAAAUUUGCAAAAGAGGGGAAAUUCGAUGCUUACGUAGCAGUGGGCGGUGGUUCGGUAAUGGACACUUGCAAAGCAGCAAAUCUGUACGCGAGCGACCCGGAAGCCGAACUGCUGGAUUACGUGAAUGCGCCAAUAGGCAAGGGCAAACCGGUGCUCGUUCCGCUGAAGCCACUGAUAGCAGUUCCAACGACAUCUGGAACAGGUUCCGAAACGACGGGCGUUACGAUCUUCGACUACAGACCAUUGAAAGCCAAGACGGGAAUCGCCAAUCGGGCGCUUCGGCCGACACUCGGCAUUAUCGAUCCUAAUCACACGUUGACUCUGCCCGAAAGGGUCUGCGCCUAUUCAGGCUUUGACGUUCUGUGCCACGCACUGGAGUCGUUCACCGCGAUUCCUUACAGCGAGAGGACACCCUGUCCGACCAAUCCGAUUCUGAGGCCCGCUUAUCAGGGCAGCAACCCCGUGAGCGACGUAUGGGCCAGGUAUGCCCUGCAGGUCAUGAGGAAGUACUUUGAAAGGGCCGUCUACAAUCAGGAUGACUUGGAAGCCAGAAGUCACAUGCACCUGGCCAGCACGAUGGCCGGAGUUGGUUUUGGCAACGCAGGAGUUCAUCUCUGCCACGGACUGUCUUAUCCUAUCAGUGGGAACGUUCGCACUUUCCAACCGGAAGGAUACAGUAAGGACCAUCCGAUCGUGCCACAUGGACUGUCCGUUGUCAUUUCGGCCCCAGCUGUCUUCUCGUUCACCGGAAGUGCUUGUCCGGAAAGACACUUGGAAGCUGCUGAAUUACUGGGAGCGGAUGUGGCUAAUGCCAAGAGGGAUGAUGCUGGUAAGAUCUUGGCUGAUACCGUCAGAGGGUACAUGAGGAUUAUGAAGGUCGAGAAUGGACUGGCCGAACUGGGAUUCAAGAAGGAAGACAUUCCGACUCUAGUGCAGGGAACUUUGCCGCAGCAUCGUAUUACUAAACUGGCACCGCGAGAGCAAUCCGAGGAAGAUCUUGCGGAGCUCUUCGAGAAAUCAUUUUCGAUUUACUGAAAAGGAGGAAAAGUCGAAAGCUGCAACAUCAAGCGAGGAAUCAAUAAAGACAAUUAGCAUUGUGGAACGGUAUUUUUAUAUCGUGUACCAAAACUUAACAAAUUAGUUAGCCAAUUACCGACUAAUCCGAGUCUUGUUUAAUUACGAUACUACAAAUUAAGUUCUAAACCCUCCACAAGGCUUAUCUCUUCACUGAUAUCCUUACAAUGAAUUUUUUGUAUAAAAUUUGCAAUAAAUAACUUUUCUACUACA